AUGAGUAGUCGACCUGUACCUAGUACAACUACGUUAUCAGUCAACUGUAAGAGCAACCGGAAGUGGGAACCUACAGUUAUUGAACAAGGAUUCGCCUUACGUGAUGAAAAUAUUUCGUCUUCAGUUCAAAUGCCAGGAAAACAUGCCCAUGAAAAAGGCCAUGGAUAUGAGUCAACUAAAAAACUAGCAACUAAAAAGGGUUACAAANUAAAAUGGAUCUCACUUCUCCUGCUAGGUAUCGGAGUGACAAUGGUUCAGAUCGACACCCACACAUCAGUGGAAACUGAAAUGUCCACCAGUAAUUCUGUUAAGAAGCAACAAUCAACUUUUCUUGGAUUUGUUUCUGUCCUUGCAGCUUCCAUGGUUUCUGGAUUUGCUGGUGUUUACAUGGAGAAAAUCUUCAAAACAGGAAAAAGAAAGCUGUUUUGGAUCUCAAAUGCACAAUUGUAUACUUUUGGAAUCUUUCUAAGCUUACUAGGUGUGGCGUACCAAGAUGGUGUUCAGAUAGCUAGACUGGGUUUCUUCCAUGGGUAUGACAUUAUCGUUUGUCUGGUGAUCUUGUUUGCAUCAGCUGGUGGAAUUAUCGUAUCUCUGAUUUUGAAAUAUGCAUCCUGCAUUACGAAAGGAUUUGCUACAUCUUGUGCCAUAGUUCUUUCAAGUUUAGUGUCAGUGUAUGUGUUUUAUUUUAUUCCUAGUGUCUUGUUUGUUUUGGGUGCUGUGUCUGUCAUUAUUUCUGUGUUAUUGUAUAGCUGUUAGGACAAGCAUUGGUUGGGAUUUUUUAAUGAUGACAGUACAUAAUGAUGGUGUCAACCAACAAAUAAUGAAUCUGAGAGUCUGUCUGAGCAACUGUUCACCCUGACCCCUCCCCUGUAACCCAACAGCAGUCAACUGAUAACAAGUAAGGAUAAAUGUUGGGAUAUAGGGGAGGGGUGGGUGCACAGUUGCUCACACAGAGUCAGUAUCUGAGCAACUGUUCACCUACCCCUCCCCUGUAACCUAACAACAGUCAACUGAUAACAAGUAAGGGUAAAUGUUGGGCUAUAGCGGAGGGGUGGGUGCAUAGUUGCUCACACAGAUACUUAAGACAUUGAUGCCAAAUAAUACAUAUUAAUUGAGUUAGUGAUAAUUACAAUAGAUCUUUUAUGGAGUGAAUUCUAAAAUUGUUAGAGGUUUAAUUUAUUGCUGAUAUUGUGAAGUUAAAAGCAUUUCAUAUCAUAGUUAGGAAAUUUGUUUAUUAAAGAAUUUUUUCAAUAGCAUGGGCUUGCCUCAGUUUCAAUUUUGCACACUGAUGGCAUGUCUGUUUUAAGGCAUUACAGACUAAGGGAGUUUCUUUGUAUAAAGUUUACAAACAUUAUUUUUG